AUAUACAUAUAUUAUACAAGCUAAUAGCUAAUCAUUCAAAGAAUAUGCUUUUCAGAGGACCUUGAACACCUUUCUGUCGUUGCUUUCCUCUGAAGAAACAAAGAUCUCCAUAGCUAAAGCCUAGAGGAUUAAGCUUGGAGGAGGCACUUUAUUUCAGAAAAUUAAUGGAGAAGCUCAUAUCAGGCAGGUCUCACUUGCCAUUUGUGCCUGAAUCCUUCAUAUUACCACCAGAAAGCAGACCAGGGCAGACUAAAUUCCCUCCAUGUGACUCCAUUCCAGUCAUUGAUCUUGGAGGACAACAACUUGGUUUUGAUCGAGCACAGCUAGUUAAACAGAUUAUCCAGGCUAGCCAAGAAUUCGGAUUCUUUCAGUUGACUAAUCAUGGGGUUUCGGAGAAACUAAUGCAUGAUGUGUUGGACGUGGCCAAUGAGUUCUUUGGGCUGCCUGCCAAGGACAAGGAAAGCUUAUAUUCUGAGGACCCCAAGCAAACUUGUAGAGUACACACAAGCAUAAACUAUGAUAGAGAGAAGGUUCAUUACUGGAGAGACAACCUGCGGCACCCUUGUCAUCCUCUAGAGGAACACAUGCCAUUUUGGCCUGAAAAGCCUCCUCACUAUCGGGAGGUGAUUGGAAGUUAUUCAGCAGGGGUAAGGAAGCUGAGUUUGUGGAUUUUGGAUUUAAUUGGUGAAGGAUUAGGGCUCGAAUCUGGAUAUUUUAGGGAUGAACUCAGCCAAGUUCAGUUUAUUUCUGUAAAUCAUUACCCUCCAUGCCCAGAUCCAAGCCUAACCUUGGGAUUGCCCAAACAUUGCGAUCCUAAUCUCAUAACCCUCGUUCUCCAAGGGAAAGUGCAAGGUCUACAAGUCUUAAAGGACGGGCAAUGGCUUGCAGUUGAGCCUCUCCCUAAUGCAUUUGUGGUCAAUAUAGGCUACAUGUUACAGAUUAUGAGCAACGGGAAGCUAAGCAGUGCUGAACAUAGAGUUAUGACGAACAAAGAGGUUGCAAGGACAACAGUCUCCAGCUUCCUCUAUCCUUCCAACACCUGCCGUGUUGGACCUCUAAAAACACUUCUCUGUGAUUGCAUUCGUCCCCUCUACAGAGAUUUUGUGUUCAAGGAUUUUCUUAGCACUUACGCAGACGACACUCCCGUCGGAGUUCCGCCUCUCGAGCGAUAUAAGAUUCAGUAUUAAGUAAUUCAAUGAUUAGUUGAGACUAAUGCAUUAGUUAUUGUGAAUAAUGGGAUAAAAAUAUAAUUUCUAGCAAUUAUGACUCUUAUAAUGUAUGCACCCAUGAAUAAAACACCUGGUUGGUUGAUAGAAGAAUAAUUGCUAUGAUCUUAUCUUAA